GACGCCGCUCGACGAUGGGCUGCACGCUGAGCACGGAGGACAAGGCGGCGGUGGAGCGCAGCAAGAUGAUCGACAGGAACCUGCGGGACGACGGCGAGAAGGCGGCGCGGGAGGUCAAGCUGCUGCUGCUCGGUGCUGGUGAAUCCGGGAAAAGCACAAUCGUCAAGCAGAUGAAGAUCAUCCACGAGGCGGGCUACUCAGAAGAGGAGUGUAAGCAAUAUAAGGCCGUCGUCUACAGCAACACCAUCCAGUCCAUCAUCGCCAUCAUCAGAGCCAUGGGCCGCCUCAAGAUCGACUUUGGCGACGCGGCGAGAGCUGACGACGCGCGGCAGCUGUUUGUGCUGGCGGGCUCGGCCGAGGAAGGCUUCAUGACGUCGGAGCUCGCCGGCGUCAUCAAGCGGCUCUGGAAGGACGGAGGCGUCCAGGCCUGCUUCUGCCGCUCGCGCGAAUAUCAGCUCAACGACUCGGCGGCAUACUACUUGAACGAUUUGGACAGGAUAUCCCAGGCCACCUACAUCCCGACCCAGCAGGAUGUCCUGAGGACCCGAGUCAAGACCACGGGCAUUGUGGAGACACACUUCACGUUCAAGGACCUGCACUUCAAAAUGUUUGACGUUGGCGGUCAGCGAUCCGAGAGGAAGAAGUGGAUCCAUUGCUUCGAGGGCGUGACGGCCAUCAUCUUCUGCGUGGCCCUCAGCGACUACGACCUGGUGCUCGCCGAGGACGAGGAGAUGAACCGAAUGCACGAGAGCAUGAAGCUGUUCGACAGCAUCUGCAACAACAAGUGGUUCACGGACACCUCCAUCAUCCUCUUCCUCAACAAGAAGGACCUGUUCGAGGAGAAGAUCAAGAAGAGUCCGCUCACCAUCUGCUACCCGGAAUACGCCGGCUCCAACACGUACGAGGAGGCGGCGGCCUACAUCCAGUGUCAGUUCGAGGACCUGAACAAGCGGAAGGACACCAAGGAGAUCUACACCCACUUCACCUGCGCCACGGACACCAAGAAUGUGCAGUUUGUCUUCGACGCCGUCACCGACGUCAUCAUCAAGAACAACCUGAAAGACUGUGGUCUCUUCUGAGGGGGACGGCGGCGAUGAAGACGACGGCCCCUUUUUUUUUUCUAGGCGGUGGAGCCAGCUUGUUGUGCAUCCUCGGCGGGGAAGAUGAGAGGAGUCGGGAGGAGCCAGUCACGGACCAGUGCUGUACUAUACGCCACUUUUAACAGCUUUAUUUAUGUCUCUCUUGUCUCGGAACAUUUUUUGAACUAGCGUCGCGAAAUUUGUGUGUAGGACGUUCGUGUCAUUGUAAAAGGGUCACAUCACAUGUUGACACUUUUUUUCCCUCUUUUUUAAAUUUCCAGCUCGUUUUUUUUUUGGGUUUUGAAUUUUUUGUGGCCGCCGUCUUCUGGAAAAAGGAAACUUUUGCUAUUGGUGGAAAAUUUUUCUUCUUUUCUUCCUUGCCCACAACCAAAAAGGGAAGAGAAGAGGUACAACUUUGAGUCCAGUUUGUUGGUACUUGUGCCUUCGCAUGCCUUUUUACCGCGGCCGUAGUCCUAAUGCUUGUUCUGUUGCCUGCUGAAUUGUUCUGAACAUUAAGAGGUAAAAACUGUUUUUCAUAUGUUAGUGUCCCUGCUAUCUUCUAUGUGCACACCACUGAGCUGUCAAGAGGAGGAGGAUUUCCCUCUGGUCGAAAAAAGGUACAUGGGUCUCCAUGGUGACCAACAUGUAGCCUUGCUUCCCCCACCACCCGCUCUGACAAUGGAAGGCCUUCGCCGGCCGAUCACACAGUACAAUACUGAGAUGUAUAUUGUUACAUUCACCCCGCAAAUCUUGGGGUUUCUUGGGUUUUUAAACAUUGUGUAUAAAAUAUCCAUUCUUCCCGACCAUUCAGGAAAAAAAUGGUUAGUCAAGGCGCCUAAGCUUCUAGUGUUCAAAAAGUACAGAGACCAGAGUUGGCACAUUUUACUGUAUAUUUUAAAGUAUUCGGAGGAGUUUUAUGGAGUUUUUGGCGGUAAAGGAGAGGAGGAGGAGGAGGGGGGGGGGAACUGAACCACAGAAAAGAUUGUUGUCAAGUUGAGGGCGUUUUCGAGGUUCGAGACGCCGUUCCUCGGAUUUAAUCCGGCGUCGAUUUUUGCGAGUGGAGCUGCUGUUCGAGGAACCGUGAAGAAGGUGAUGAUGAAAGGUGACGGGGGGAGAGAGAAAAACAAGACAAAGAAGGUCAAGGAGGAAACUGGUCUGUGAUUAUUAUUUUUUUUUUAAGAUCGGUGCUACUUUGCCAAGAAGAGUGACGGUAGAUGCGCUCCUGGAUUUGUUCACAUAAAGAAACUGCCACAACUGUCAUUGUAUGUGUACGUUCUCCACCGAAGGAGAAUCUUUGUAGACUCAUCUCCCUUAUUUUGCUAAUAAAAAAACAAUUACAAACCA